AUGGCUUCAAAUCUGACUGUGACCGGGUUUCAAGGCCGCCAAAUUACAGUUCCGACUGGGUUGUUCAUCAACAAUCGAUUUGUGCCCUCGUCCACUGGUCAGGUACUUCCGGUAGAGAAUCCUGCAACUGGUGAGCAAAUUGGGACAAUCUCCGCUGCCGGACCGGAGGAUAUCAAUAAUGCUGUCCAAUCUGCAAAGGCGGGGUUUAAGAUAUGGAAGACUGUCUCUGGACCUGCCAAAGCCCAGCUGUUGUUGAAGUUGGCGGACUUGCUGGAGCAAAAUGCACAAGACCUGGCCUCCCUUGAAGCCAUCGAUGCCGGUGUCCUCUAUACCGAUUCGAUUGGGAUGAACAUUCCUCAGGCCGUCGGGUGUCUCCGAUAUUACGCGGGUUGGGCGGACAAGAUUGAUGGUAAGACUCUGGAUAUGGACGGUGGCAUUGCCUAUACCCAUCGAGAACCGUUGGGUGUUUGUGCCGCCAUUGUGCCGUGGAAUGCUCCUCUCAUGAUCACUAUAUGGAAGCUCGCCCCUGCAUUGGUGGCCGGCAACGUACUGAUCAUCAAAUCCUCUGAGAACUCGCCACUUUACGCUUUGCGACUUGCGGAGUUGGUCAAAGAAGCUGGGUUCCCUCCCGGUGUUGUUACAGUGGUCACAGGUGACGGCGCCAGUGCGGGCCAGGCAUUAUCGGAGCACAUGGAGGUACGCAAGGUGGCAUUCACUGGAAGCGCACUGGCAGGUCGCAAGAUUUUGCAAGCCGCGUCUCGGACCAAUCUGAAAAAGGUCAGCCUGGAACUCGGUGGAAAGGGACCAUCUAUUGUGUUUGAUGACUGCGAUCUCGAGAACGCACUACUGUGGACUCGGAUCGGAAUCACAGCCAAUAAUGGUCAGAUCUGUGCUGCGGGAUCCCGGAUCUAUGUCCAAGAGUCAAUUUAUGAUCGGUUCAUCGAAGCCUAUAAAAAGGCUUCAGCCGAGGCCCCAACUGUCGCAGGAAAUCCGUUAGAUGCUUCCACUACAAAGGGCCCAGUGGUGAGUCGGGUGCAACAUGAGAAGAUUCUUGAUUUCAUCCGCCAAGGCAAACAAUCCGGAGCCAAGCUCCUGUUUGGUGGAGAGCAGAUAGGGAAAACAGGGUACUUUGUCGAAAACACUGCUUUCGCGGAUGUCGGUGAUGAUGCGACGAUCAUGCGGGAGGAGAUAUUUGGUCCGGUCGCGAGUAUCGCCAAGUUCUCCACGGAAGAAGAAGUGAUCUUCAAGGCGAACGACUCGCACCACGGUCUAAGUGCGGCUAUCUUCACCAACGAUGUCAGUCGCGCCCAUCGUGUGACCAAAGCACUAGAGUCGGGACAAGUGACUGUCAAUGCGUGGGCUAUGCUCAGUCCUAACGUUCCCUUUGGAGGAGUGAAGGAGAGCGGUUUCGGGAGAGACAUGGGCGAGGAGGCUCUAGAAAGUUGGACCACGGUGAAAGCCGUCAAGUACAAUAUUUUCCCGCGGCUGUGA